GGAGCGCACCAGCUUUGUGCUCGGCACCCGAAGGCGUAGAGGUCGCGCGUCCGCGGAGCUCGGUCGGGUCUGGGCGUCCGCUGUGCGGCGGAUGCUGCGAUCCCGAUCAUGGCUGUCAACGUCCGAGUCGUUUACUGUGGCGCUUGAGGCUACAAGCCUAAGUAUCUCCAGCUCAAGAAGAAGCUAGAAGAUGAGUUCCCAGGAUGCCUGGAUAUUUGCGGCGAGGGGACUCCCCAGGUCACCGGGUUCUUUGAAGUGAUGGUAGCCGGGAAGCUGGUCCACUCCAAGAAGAGAGGUGAUGGCUACGUGGAUACGGAGAGCAAGUUUCUGAAGCUGGUGGCUGCCAUCAAAGCCGCCUUGGCUCAGGGCUAGUAUGCCCUGAAGGCAGAGUCCAGGGACCUUGACUCAACCCCGCUCGGCAGAUGCUUCAUGACAGGAAGGACUGAAAUGUCUCCAGGACGCCUGGUCUUUCCUUGAUGUCUUUGCAGCCUCUGGGUGGGGCCAUGAUCGUCGCCCCUGGUCUUUGUCUCUGUAGGAGUGUGUCUUCUCCUCCAGCGUCCACCUUUGCACGCUCCACUGUCCACUCCCUGCCCCCACAUUGCCCCGUCUCCCCGUCUCCCCUCUGCGUCUGGAGGAGGCCCUGUGCCUCAGGCUUCCCUCCCCAGGGGAAGCUGGGAGGCCAGGGUGGGUUCGGCCUCUUGCAGCAACACAGACGGCCGUUCCCAGUUCAAUAAAUAUUGAACUCGACAGCAGA